UUAGUGAGAUUGUAGGCCUUCUAUCAAAUGUCCACAAGACCUGCACAAGUGAUAAUGCAGCUAAUAUGCUAGCAGCCAUCCCAAAACUGACAGAAGAAAUUCAGGAGGGCCUUGGGUGUGUUGACCAAAUACUUAACCUUGUGGUGACUGAGUGUCUCGGCAUCCCUGAAGUAAAGAAUGCUGUUGAUGCAUUCAAGAAAUUGUCAUCCAGAACUCACAAAAGCAGCAUUGCUCAACAGAGGAUUAAGAAAGAGUGUGUCAGGAUAAACAAUCAAUCUAAGGAUAAUACAAACAUUGAAACUGUUGAAUUUGUCAAAAUCAUUGCACCUGUUGAAACCCGCUGGAACUCCAUUUUGAUGAUGAUGUGAUCCAUUUUAAAGUUGAGGCCAGCUCUUGAGAGGAUCAAAGAGGACUUCAGCAAGGGAACUGAUCCCAAGAUAAGAGAAAAAAUCCCUACAUCAGAGGAAUUUGAACAGAUUGUUGCCAUUAUUGGUCCACUCACCAAGAUUGGAGAGAUAUCUUUAUUCUUUUCUUCUGACCAAAAACCAACCAUCUGCUAUGUGGUGUCAAAACUUUUUAAUAUCGAUGGUUAUCUAAAUCCUCAACUCAACAAACCAACAAUCAGCGAGGAGACCAAAGUGUUCUGCAAAACCCUACAGUCAAAGUUGGAAAAGAGAUUCCCGCCUUGUGGGACCAAAAACAAGCUCUAUGCUUAUGGAGCAAUUCUCCACCCAUUUUACAAAGGACUCACACUUGCCCAACAUGAAAGUUCGAAUUACAGGGAAAUGAUUGAGCUGAUGAUAAAGGAGAAUGAAGUUGAGCUAGUACAUGAAUUAAAUCACGGAAUUUUUGAGGAAGUUGAUGAGGAAGACUACAGCAUUGAAGCUAAGAUUAGAGCUAAAAUGAGGUCUUCUCAGUCAAGCCAGCAUACCCGGUCACUGUUUGAGGCAGCCAUUAGCCCCAUGCAGUUGGAAAUGAACAGGUAUCUCAACUUAACAAAUCCUCCUCCAGCCGAUGCUGAUGUACUACAAUGGUGGAGAAGGCAUCUUCGGGAGUAUCUUCUUAUUGCCAAGUGUGCCAGAAAAUACCUUUGUGUUCAGACAUCGUCAGCGAGCUCUGAGCGAGUGUUCUCAUCAGGAGGUGCAAUUGUGACCUACCAAAGGACAAAGCUUGAUGUUGAAAAUGUCCACAUGCUAGUUUACUGUAAGGAAAACUUGCCAAAGGUUAAAAUCUCCGCAAAGUUUCACGAGGAUGAAGCAGAGGAGAAUGCUGAAGAGGAUCUUCUUCAGGACAAAACAACUGAAGUUUUGAUAGAAGGUUCAGCCAAAAUUCAUUUUGGUAAGGGAGGGGGUAAAGGAAAUAAAAAAAAGUUGGAUGUUAGUCUUCAAAGUCAAUCGAAGGCUGGGUCUACUUCAACCAGCCAAUCAACAGUAUUUUCAAACAUAAGAGUUGGAACCUCCUUAAGAAACAGAGAUGAAAAUCCAUCAACUAUUAGGGUACAAUGCAUUGACAGUGAUUGA